UUGCAUCAGAACUUUACAUUAUUACAUUUUAUCUGUAGUUAUUUUAAAAUUCUUUGAUUUCUCUAAAUGUCUACUAAAUAUAAGGCAAAUACUGUCAAUUUUUAAAAUGUAAUGAAAAUGAAAAAAUACUGAUGCCAAAGGUACUGAUUUUAUCUAAGAAGGACUUUUGUUCCCUUUAUUUGUUUUACUGGCUAAAAGUGAGGGUGGAGUUAUUCUAAUUGUAACUGAAGUGAAAAGCAACUGAGAUAAAAUUGUAUUAGUCUGAACUGCUAACUGAAAAAUGAGGCUCAGGUUUGAUUGUCUGUUAAGUACGCUUGGCUUGCUGAUGAUUUGCGGCACUGCGAUGUUUUUUGUUUCAAUGAAACAAGAUUUGUAUCGGCUUAUUAAACAAUUGCAUCAGUCUGGAACAGAAAGCAAGAUCUGGCAAGAGGAGAUGAUGAGGAACGUCAGGAAAAAUGAGCUACUAAUAAAGCAAAUUAGUGACGUGAAGCACCUGAACAUACCAGAUGUAAUGCAUGUGAAAAAACAAAGCGUAAUUGAGAAAAGAGAAGUCAAAAAAGAAGCGAACAAUGAACCAAAAGUGAUAAAGAAGCUUUUCCCCAAUUCCCGAUUGUUUAAAGAGUGGGGAGCUGAUUUAUCUGAGGAAGAACAGAAGAAGGCAGAAGAUUUGUAUCAAAGAUAUGGAUAUAAUGCAUUUCUGAGUGACAGACUUCCACUCAACAGGAAUAUCCCUGAAACCAGAGAUCCCAGAUGCUUAAAGAAGAACUAUACAGAUGAUUUACCAACCGUAAGCGUUACGCUGAUUUACUUGGAUGAAGCACUCUCCAUCUUACAGCGUGCUAUUCGGAGCAUCAUUGAUAGAACUCCAUCUCAUUUAUUGAAGGAAAUCAUUCUUGUAGAUGACCACAGUAUAAAUGAUGAACUACAUGAAGAACUUGACAAUUAUGUUACAUUCAUACAUGAACAAUAUCCUGGACUUAUAAAGCAAGUCAAACAUGCAGAGCAGAAGGGACUCACACAGGCUCGCAUUUCUGGAUGGAAAGUGUCUACAGGGGAUGUAAUUGUCAUACUGGAUGCACAUAUAGAAGUUCACACAGGAUGGGCUGAGCCCAUUCUUGCACGGAUUAAAGAAGAUCGCACCGUUGUGGUGACACCAGUGUUUGACAAAGUUAGGUUUGAUACCUUAGAUGUUGUCCGCUAUGAUCCAGCUGCUGAUGCCUUUGACUGGGCUCUCUGGUGUAUGUAUGAAGGAUUCCAACCAGAGUGGUACAAACUGAAUGAUCAAUCUAUACCUGGGAAGAGUCCUUCCAUUAUGGGUAUUCUUGCAGCAGACAGAAAGUUUCUGGGUGAAAUUGGUGUCUUAGAUGGAGGCAUGAAAGUCUAUGGUGGAGAAAAUGUAGAAUUGGGUAUUCGAGUCUGGCUGUGCGGCGGUAGUGUCGAGGUGAUUCCAUGCUCCAAGAUUGCACAUAUUGAGAGGGCACACAAACCGUACCUCCCGGACCUGAGCAUCACUAUGAAGAGAAAUGCUCUGAGGGUUGCCGAGGUUUGGAUGGACGAAUAUAAAACAAAUGUUAAUAUUGCUUGGAAUCUUCCAAUUAAGGAUCAUGGGGUUGAUAUUGGUGACAUCUCAGAAAGAAAAAAGAUUAGAGAAAAAUUAAAUUGUAAGCCCUUUAAAUGGUAUCUGGAAAAUGUAUAUCCUCAGUUGGAUCCCUGGGAUGACAUUCUUGGCUAUGGAAGUCUAAAAAAUAGCAUUAAGGAAGAUCUCUGUGUUGAUCAAGGUCCAGUUCCUGGAAAUGUCCCUGUAAUGUAUGGUUGCCACUAUUUUAUGCCACAGCAAACAUUUUAUAUGAAAAAUGGUGAAAUCUAUAUUGGAGGAAUAAAGUCACACAAAUACAACAGUAACCGCUGUUUGGUUGACCCGGGUAGUGAAAGUACCCCUCUUUUACAUGAUUGUAAAACUGCAAAGGAGAAGAAGCUCAACAUGCUUUGGGACUUCAAACAGGGGCAAGCAAUAAUCAACAGAAGCACCAAAAGAUGUCUUGAAAUUGUGAAGAAAGAUUACUACACGCUUACUGUUCAAACCUGUACUCAGCAUUAUUGGACAAUUCAGCACAUAAAAGUAGACUUUUGAAAGACAGAAGUUUACAUUUGAUUUCAAUAUGGGUUUACAGUAUUUAUAAAUUGUUGAUGUUUGAAAAUUCAAUAACUGGAGAGAUAUAUUGUCAAAGAAAUAUUUUUUUUUAUUUAGAAUAUUUUUAUCCAUUUUGUUUAUAAUAUAGAUUUUGAUGACUGUGACAUACAACGUUUUGAAUUUAAUAUAUGCUAGUGCCGUACUUAAAAAGCUGAGUGGUGCUCCACCAGUAGAGUGAAGGCACACUUAUAGCACUGAACAACCACAAUAUUUGAUUUUAGUCAAUGAAAUUUACCUUAUAGAAAAAUUCUUAAGGGUUAGGCAACUUGUACUUGUACUGUACUGUAUUAUGUCAUGAUGUGGUGUAAGAAGGAUUUAUAUGGGAUACAGGCAGUAAGCGGCGGGUCCAGGAGGGCUUAUGAAGGAAGUGACAUCAGAGGUGUUACAAGUGUCAAUCUUCCAUCCAGAAGAGAUAGAAAAUGAAAAGGCAUUGUGCAACAGUGCCAGCCCCUAGUCCGGAGGAGACCAACCAUCAGAGCCCUUCAGCUCAGCUGAAACACACAUGUGUGAUACUACCUAUUAGUUAGUUUUCGAUCCUGUUUAAACAAUUUCGGGAUAAUGGACGUGUCAUUCAAAAAUUCUGACUCCAGUAGAAUACAUAAAGGGAUACUCCACCCAAAAAUUAUAUUUUUUUAAUAUGUUACUUAGCCCAUGGUUUUUGUUGUUAUGGUCAAGGAAAGUUUUAAAUAUCAUGUUUUAAUGCAGAAUGAAGAGAAAAAAAUAUCAUGAUAGUGACCAAUGCUGUACAAAGGAAAUUGAUACAG